AUGGCUCCCCUCGGCGUAGCCCUCAUCGGCGGUGGCAUUUUUGCCAAGCAAGAGCACAUGCCCGCCAUUAUGAAAUGUGAAUCCCUAUCGCUCAAGGCCAUCUACUCUCGCUCCCUCAAGUCCGCCCAAGACACCGCCGCUCUCUAUACGAAGGGCGAAGCCGCCCCGGGCCUGUACUCGGCCGACGCGGACAAGGGAAACGACUACGCCAGCCUGCUCCUCCGAAAGGACGUCUACGCCGUCAUCAUCGCAUUGCCCAUCGUUAGCCAGCCCGAGUUCAUCAAAGCCGCCCUCGCUGCCGGCAAGCACGUGCUGGCCGAGAAGCCACUCGCGCCGGACGUCAAGACGGGCCGGGAGCUCAUCGACUACUACCGCAGCGUCUCGCAGGAGAACAAGGUCACCUUUUCCAUCGCGGAGAACUAUCGCUUCGUGCCGAGCUUUGUCUACGCUGCCGAGGAGGCAAGGAAACUGGGCAAGGUGAACCACUUUAGCGUCAAGAGCUUCCAUCUCAUGCGCCAGGACACCAAGUGGUACGGCACCGAGUGGCGGCGCAAGCCCGAGUAUCAGGGCGGUUUCCUGCUGGACGGCGGCGUUCACCAGGCGGCAGCCACACGACUGCUGCUGGGCAGCGACGCGAAGCCGCAGGUGGUGCGAGCCGUGACCAGCCUGGUGCAGGCACACCUGCCACCCAUCGACACGGUCAGCGCCAUCAUCAAGACGGCGUCCGGCGCCAACGGCACGUUUCAGCUGUCGUGCGGCUCGCAGCUGAGCGCGUUCGAGUGGGAUCUGGGCUUCGAGGACGGCAGCGUCACGGUGCGCGGGGAGACGGUAACGGUCAAGCGCGUCGACGGCGAGGCGAGUGUCCGCGAGUUUGAGCGCACGAGCGGCGUGAGCGCCGAGGUCACGGCGUGGGCGGCGGGGCUGGUGCGCGGGACGCCCGACGAGCUGCAGGCGCCGGAGCAGGCGUUGGCGGACCUGGAGUUUUUGGAGAAGAUGUUUGUCAGUGGCGAGCAGGACGGCGCGCCGCAGACGUAUGAGCUGCAGUUGUAG